GCAGCAGCAGUCAGAUUGAAGCCUGUCAGAGGGCCCGUCAACACCAAACACCAAACAACGACUUUCUCCUCCUUUUUACAAGCCGUGCAGGAAGCUCCGGAGCCCGGCGGAAGAAGAGCCGAGGAACGAUGAACGAGACUGAGCUCGGUCCGCUGCAGGAGUAUGACUUCGAGAGGCGUUUCGACGAGAGACAAGCUCUGGAAUGGUUUCAAGAAAACUGGAGCAAGUCAUUCAUGUUCUGUGGCCUGUAUGCUGCGCUCGUAUUCGGCGGUCAGCACUACAUGAGGGAAAGGCCAAAACUGAACCUUCGACGCCCGUUAGUGCUGUGGUCACUCAGCCUGGCCAUCUUCAGCAUCAUAGGAGCAGUCAGGACCGGACUGUACAUGCUGUACGUCCUCUCAACCAACGGUUUCAAACAGUCCGUGUGUGACAACAGUUUCUACAGCGCCCCCGUCACCAAAUUCUGGGCCUACGCUUUUGUUCUUAGCAAGGCCCCCGAGCUGGGUGACACAGUGUUCAUUGUCCUCAGGAAGCAGCGUCUCAUCUUCCUGCACUGGUACCACCACAUCACCGUGCUGCUCUACUCCUGGUACACCUACAAGGACCAGGUGGCAGGCGGUGGCUGGUUCAUGACCAUGAACUACUCGGUCCACUCUCUCAUGUACACCUACUACGCAGCCCGGGCCGCUGGCGUGCGGGUGCCCCGCCCCUUCGCUAUGAUCAUCACAACCUCCCAGAUCCUACAGAUGGUGAUGGGCCUGGCCGUGCAGGGCAUGGUGUACACCUGGAUGCACGAGGUGCGCUGUCCGUCCCACUUGGACAAUGUUGCAUGGGGAUCUCUCAUGUACCUCAGCUACUUGGUCCUUUUUGCCUCGUUCUUCUACGACACGUACCUCAAGGGCUCUUCCACAGACAAAGGAUCCAAGGCAGAGUAGCAUGUUUGUACUGUGCUCUGCAUUCCCAUCAAAGUGUGCCAUUAGUAGAAAUGACCAACAGUGAGGGGCUAUGAAUGUGUGUCAUAACCGCACUAGUUAACAGUUUGCUGCGUCCUCCUCUUGUCAUGACAUUUUCACUCGUCCUUUUGAUAGAAAUCUGUAGCUCAAAACCACGAUGCGUCCGUAGAUUUAGGCUGGUUGAGACUGAGCACAUUUAAAUAUGAUCUUGUGACUAACUCAUAGUAACCUAAUGUAGGAAAAAAUGUAAAGAAAGAGAUGAAGGAAUACAAUGUUUUAGUGCUUUGGCUACAUAGGCUCAUUACUAGUAUAUAAAAACAGCCAUAUGAGGACCAAAUGUUGAUCAGAGGUGGUUAACAAAUGUUAUGUUUCAAUGAAAAAGGGAAUCCUUGAUGUGCAGCACACAUGAGCUCUAAACUAGAAAAAGUAUUUAAAUUUUAAGGGAAUGGUUCACUAUUUUGGAAAUUAUGAUUAUUUAUGUUCUUUAGAAGUAAGAUGAGGAGAUCGAUGUCAUUCAUGUCUGUUUGUUAAGAAGUGAGCUGCAGCCAGGACGUGUUUGUUUCGCUUUGUGCAAAGACCGAGCAGCAGCUACUACAGUUUGAGGCUUGAAGACAGUGUGGAAUUACCGUUAAUUGCAAUACCACUGAUGGCCACUAGAUGCUCCACUUUGCUCCUUUUCAAGAAGUGUCAUCUUUUCUUUUGAAAUACAGAGUCAAUAAUUUUUUUCCCGACGAUUCAUUACGGUUUUACUUGUUAAAUUCAGACCCUCUAAUAAGUGUGGUGGUGGUAUUUUUAGAAAUGGCUGCUCAAUUAAUAGGAUUUGAAGGAUUUUUGACUAGUAGCAUUGGUGUUUUUAAUACACAACUGCCCCCAAAAUCCACAAUUCUACCACAUUUUUACAUUUCUGUUUCUGUACAGGUUAAUCAAGCAAGAUGCAGUUUAAUUAGAGACAGACUAGCUGUUUCCUCUUGACUCCAGUCUUUAUGCAUUGCUACGCUAACCACUUCCUGCCUGCUUCUCAGCACGCACAGAUCAAAACUGUUAUAGAUCUUUUCAACUCACUUUCAUAAACAUAGAUAACAACUACAUUCCCCGAAAUCUUGAACUGUACCUUUUUUUUUUUUUUAAAUAGCGUCUGCCAGGGAAAACAGUUGACCAGUAUUCAUGGAAAACAGUUGACCAGUAUUCAUGGAAAUCAGUUGACCAGUAUUCAUGGAAAUCAGUUGACCAGUAUUCAUGGAAAUCACAUGGAAAAUGAGAGGAAAUGUCCCGUAAAAUGAACAACUAGGCUAUCUGUCAGAGUUCCUCUAAACGGAGAACAUUGCCAUCUGAAUGGGGCUGAAGUUAUGUUCAGCAUCAUAUUAACAUUGAAAUGGUAGUUUAUGGAUGAGAAUAUUUUGCAUAGGCUGCUGUGCUUAUGUUGUGGAAACGCUGUGAACACACCUCAGAGUCACGUCACAUUUGUUUGACCCUAGGAUAUUGAAUGUAGGAUCACCAAAAGGGAAUGAAAGACUUUACAAAGCACUGAAUGAAAGAAGGGUAUUUUUUCAAUUUUCAUUUUUUAGUUUUACACUCACCCCACACAUGUACACACUUACACACACACACACACGUACACACACAUAGUACACAUAUUUUAAGCUGCGAGAUACUGUCAUGUCACAGAUCACUGAGCUGAUGCUUUCUCGUGUCGCUCCCUCAGUGCUGCUUAUAAACCACAGAGCACAUCAUAUUUAUUGAGCUGUGUGUUGCUGCAGUAAACUGAGACAUGCUAAUAUGUUCUCACGAGGUGUUGAGAAACAAACUGAUGUUUUGUUUUAACAUACUGCAGCUUGUACUUUGUCUGCUCUUACCACACAAGCACUUUGUCAAAUGAUACUAUCUGAGUAAUGAACACAUUCCUCAGCUGACAGCCGUCCCAGAGCAAGUUUCCUCCAGGAAAUGGGUGUAAUAUGUUUAACAUCUCUGUUUAAAAGCGCUAGUCCUUCUUAUCCUUUUUGUAAAAAAAUAUGUUUACAUACUGUGUGCACAUUUUGCCUUAUUCGCUUCACCUGACUACAAGCACUGAGCAGCACCCAGCCUGCAUUUCACCUUCACGGUUAAAGGGUGUUUUUUAAAAGGUGGUGUCAAUGGGCCAGAUUUCAUCUGAUUUUUAAAGCACAUAGUUCUGUUUUAGUCUAAAUAGUCUCGAUUAUUUUGAUCUACAUGUUCAAACCUGUCCUCACACCGGCAGUUAGCCAUACAUAGCUAUAAACACACACCCUUAACCACUUCCCAAUGAAAACAAAAGCGAAGGAGGAGCGUACUUUCACCGAUUUUGGCAACCAGAGUAGUCACCAUUUAGUUUGAACGUCACACUAGACUGUGGACAUUUCUAAUAUGUAAAAGUCAUUCAAAGCACUUGUAAACCAUCAUCAAGCAUUUAUGUAUAGUACUUACAGUGAAACACACACUUUAAAAUGAAUACAAAUGACAAAAACACAAUAAACGGGGCACUGAAAAAAAAAAGGAUAUAACUGAGCAAACCAAUAAACAGAAUAACAUCCAUUAAAUGAGGUAAUAAGCUAUAUCUACAAUAAUUGUUAUAGUUUUUUGGGCAUUUCUGUCAUUUGAAUCAGGGAUGCUGUGGUUAUGUGAUAUGUGUCGUAUCCACCUGUUCAGCAGGAGUGUACAAUCACACUAUUAUACCAUCCAUUUAUUCUGUUAUCAGUCUAUUAUGUUAAAUUCAAAGGUUAUUUGCUCUUUUCCUGGACAACUUUAUGUAAUGCUGCCCUGUAAAUUACAUUAAUGUCUGGAUUUUAAUGCUUAUUUUGAAUAUGUGUAGGAUUAAAAAAGGAUAAAAGUAAACCGAGCAUCUUCAGGUUGUUGGGGGAAAUGGUGCAUAUAUGGUUUCUGUGUGUAUCCAUUGUUUAAACAUCUGGCCUUCCAUGUGUAUGUUUUGUUAAAGGAGCAGGAUGCCCUCUCAGUUCAAUACACGUCAUUAUAUUCAUCCUUCAUCACUUGUAUUUAGUGUUCUUUUUUCCGAGCAGUGUUGAACUUUUCCUUGUGUGCUGUACAGAUCAUUUCAGUAGAUAAUGCAGAUACACAAGGUGGAUCAUGUAUUACUGAACAAUAAUUUGAUUUAACUUAUAUAUUGUUGUGGGCUGUAAGACACAAGAGAUUGAGUGAUGCUUCUGCGUUUAACAUGCGCCGAAUAUUCUGAGGUGCUGAUUCUGUAUUGAUGUGCUUAAGCAUAAACUCACCGGGCUGUUAGAUCAUUUGUGCUGCGCUCAAUGAGCUGCUUAGUACAUUGUAAAUAACAAGAAUCUAUUUAUUUUCUUAAUAUAUAACAUUCUCCAGCAGAUCUGAAGUGUACAUGUUAGAUGUGAGAGUGUUAGUAUUAGUUCUUAUUUCCAUCCACAUUACGCCUUUUGUGCGUUUUCAUUCUUUUAUAUCUGCUGACAAACUGAUCAUCACACCAUUUUGCCUCUUAAGGGUUAAAGGAUCAGGCUGGUGAUUUUCUAUAUAUUUCUUAUUGUCAACAAAUCUGAUGCACAAAGCCAAACCAAUAAUGAAUGGUUACAAGUAUUGUAUGUGUGUGUGUGUGUGUGUGUGUGUGUGUGUGUAUCCAAAGCCUGAUAUUUCUUAUUCCUGUGUAUUGUAGACCUCUUUUUUCCAAAAACUAUUGAAAACAUGUCAAUGAGCCACACCAAAGAACACGAUUACAUUAGUUUGUAUAGAAACUGCUCCAAAGACUAAUAACAGUGGCUAUAUUUUCAGUCUCUGGAGAGUAGUUCUGUGUAAAACCGACACCACUGAGUAUGUGCAUCAAUGUGGUUCUGUUAAAGAGAUUUGCUUGUUGCGCUACAUAUCACAACCUCUUGACUUUUUUACAUCUUGAGGUUGUAUCUGCCAUACACAGAACAACUCUCAGGAGAUUGAAAAUGAGAUCACUGUUAUUAGUCUUUGGAGCCGUUUCUAAAUAAACUAACAUGACUAAACUCUUCGUAAUGAAAGAACAUGUCACUCAGUGCAGCGAUGUUGCUCACUGACAUGUAUUUAAUAGUUUUUGGAUGUUAUAUCAGGCUUUAGAUAAACACAAAAUACUUCAUUGUUGUUUUUCGACUCGAUAUGAGAUUUUUUAACAAUAGGAAAAAUGUAGAAAAUCACCAGCUGUCUUUUAAGAGAUGGAGGAUAAAUAUGAAGUCUGUCCAGAGAAGCUUUAGGUUUACUGUGGUAUGUGUAACAUAAUUUCAUAACCGUCCUCUUUUCUUUAAAUCUUGUUUUUUAUGCUCAUUUCAAAGGAUGCUUCUCCAUCUUAUGAAGACGUGCGUUUAUAGUGGAUACUGAUAGGUUAAACCACUGCACAUUAUCUGUGUAAGCACAAAAUGGAGCAGCUGCUUACGAAUUGUGCACUGAAGGGAAUUUUGUUUUUGGCUAGCAAACACAUGAAGAUAGCCGUGUGUUUAGCCACUACUGUAUCUUCAAUCCAUGGCAGCCUCUUGGUGCUGAUGUUUACAUUCGUCUUCUCGCUGUCAUUUGUAUGUGUGCAUUACUGUAUGUAUCAAUGAUGUAGUUGUAUUAAUUACUGUCGGUUGUUUUUGAAGGACUGCCUACGAAUCUGUCUCCAAACUUGCCUACCUACUGCAAAUGUGGCUCUUAAAAAAAUGAUUUUAAGAAGGCUUUGAUUUCAGUUUACCAGCCUCCAUCAGUUGUCUUUUCUCUGAAUAAUCUGAAUUAUACCACUGACGUGUUGCCAAUGUAGCCUGAAGCCCGAAGCCCUCUGUGUUAGCUGUUUGUACCUUUUCCACUUUUGUGAAACCUAUAUUUUACUAUAAAACGGCUCCGAUGGCAUUUUAGGUGAAGAAUGAAAGAUAUGUUUCCUCAUGUCUGUAAUGAUUCCUGGUCAGGGUUUGAUAGCUAACAGGCCUACUUGUUGCAACACUGGUAAACUUGAAAACAUUGUCAUUAUGUGUAAUUUGUGUGCCAAACGACGCUUCUGUCUUUCUCUUGUGUGUCUGUCAUGGGUCAAUGUGAGCGCCCCCGUGUUGGUCUGUUCAUCAUGGUUCCUGUUGUACAACAUCAGAAACGCACCGUGUUUGCCCCCCUGUGGAUUCAACUGCAACCGAAGGAAAAAAAAAAUGUUUUAAGGGCUUUGAUGUAAAAAUGUUAUCAAUAAAUCUAUACUGGUUUUAAAA